CUUGACUAGCGACCGAACCAGAGCAAGAGACCGAGACGGGACGCAGCGGAAGAUGGCUGCGGCGGCGGCGUGGGACGGCCCAACGGCGGGCGAGCUGAAAGCGGCCGGCGCGGAGGCGAUUCCGGGCGGCGUGCGGGUGAAGGGGUGGGUCAUCCAGUCCCACAAGGGGCCCAUCCUCAACUCCGCAUCUGUGAGCCUAUUUGAAGAUAAACUUCAGACGACACAUUUACCUGAGAUGGUGUUUGGAGAGAGUUUUGUGUCUAUUCAGAAUGCUCAAACUGGCGUCAAAUUACAUUUCAAUGCGCUUGAUGCUCUCAAGGCAUGGAAACAAGAGGCAUUGCCACCUGUUCAAGUUCCUGCUGCAGCAAAAUGGAAAUUCAGAAGUAAUCCUGCUGAUCAAGUGGUACUUGACUAUGACUAUACAUUCACGACACCAUACUGUGGGAGUGAUGUGGUUCUGAACCAAGACGCUACGCAAACAACUUUAGAUGAAUGUAGCAAUUUGUGUUGGGAGGACACUGAUGACAGGAUCGACCUUGUUGCCCUUUCUGCAAAAGAACCAAUUCUUUUCUACGAUGAGGUUAUCUUGUAUGAAGAUGAGCUAGCUGAUAGUGGUAUUUCAUUCCUUACAGCGCGAGUGAGGGUGAUGCCAACCGGUUGGUUUCUGCUCUUACGCUUUUGGCUUAGGGUUGAUGGUGCGCUGAUGAGAUUGAGGGAUACCCGUUUACAUUGUUCUUUUGGAAGUAAGGAAGCAAACCCGGUUGUACUGCGUGAACUUUGCUGGAGAGAAGCAACAUUUGCUGCCAUGUCUGCGGAGGGGUAUCCUUCCGAUUCUGCGGCAUACGCAGACCCGAAUCUUGUCGCCCGCAAGCUGCCCGUGGUGAUGCAGAAGACCCAGAAGCUGAAGAUACCCAGUUAACCUGCUAAGACACCUCUACCGUGUGUUCGGUACAUCCAUGAGUGUUCAACCGUGGUCACAACUCUAUUUGCAUGUGUUGUAGAUGUGAGCUACCGUUGCUUUACCCAUUUAUCUUGAAGCCCUUGCGACUGGCAAGUAAUGGUAGGCCAUUGUAGCCCGGGCUGGGCUUGUGAACUUUGACAGAUAAGAACGAUGCCACUGUCAGUUUCGGCAAUCCUCAUUCAUGACUGAAUAAGAUGCUUACAGGCUUCAGUUCAUUUUUC